GUAGCUCAAAGCUCAAAUAAAACUGACUUUAAUGAAAACAAUCUGUCCAGGAAGGAGCGGGAGAGGAGAAAGAGGGAGAGAGAGAGAGGGAGAGAGAUCCUAACAUCUCUGCUUACUCUACAACUCUGCCUGAUAGAUUCAGGGACUUUUAUAAAAAAAAAGCAAACAAAUACUUUUCGCAGGAGGAAAAAGGACUCCAAUUCAGACCAGACGCAACAUUUGAGAUACUUCUUUCAACCUUUUAUCCUAGGUUUUCUUUCCAAGAUCCUUUUUUUUAUAGAACAGAACGAUAAGGUCAAGAGGAUCUCCGGGUACCAGUGGCAGAGAACAAUGGGCUUCCUCUUCAUCUCGUUGCUGCUGAUGGUGGUGAGCGUGUGCCCGGGUCGAAUGAACCCCAUCCCCGGCACCAACAUAACCCUCUCAAUGGACUCCGAGCACUCGGGCACAGGGGAUCUUGGCAAUAAUUUCUCAGAAGGCUUUGAUGGGACCAGGGACUCGGAGGUGGUGUGGAACAGCAACCCCGAUUUCACCAGCAAUGACACGGUUGCCCCUCCUGAACCCUCUCGCAUCGGGAUGAACAUCAUGGAGUUUAUCAACCAACACAUGAUCUCCAUCAUCAUCGCGGGAGUCCUGCUGGUAUUGGUGGUUGUGAGUGUCUGCACGGCAGUGCUGGUGAGGCAGAACUACAAAGCCUCGGCCUACUAUCCCGCCUCUUACCCCCACCGGACCUACGUGGACGAGCAGGAGAAGGAGGGGGCGGUCAAGGCUUUCAGCGAGAUUUCUGACCAGUUGGGCUGCCCCCCCAGAGUGGAGGUGGUGGACUGUUCCAGUCAACUGAAGGCGGACAUUCUGGCUGCAGCUCACAGCCUGAAACGGAAGCCACCAUCCAAGGCAGAGGGGGAUAUGAACGUGGAGACCCCAGCGAGGGAGGAUAGUGGGAGGGUGUCCCAGGGGGUGGGUCAGGAGGAGGGGGAUAAGGCAGUACCUGAGGUGGGAGGCAAGGAGGUGGAACCAGGUCCAAAGUCCAAGGCAACAGAUGACAAUGGGGAUGAUGCCCGGGCUGCUGUGGCCCCUGGAGCAGAUGGAGACAGCGACCAAGAAGGUCCAACUUUGUCCAAGGAGGAGGAGGAAGACGAAAAGGGGGAAAGAGGAGAAAAA